AUGCCGCGCAAAGCUUUCUUCACAACGGAGGACGCGAAGGCGGCUUUCAACCUCUUCUGUUGUGUCUACGGCAUUGGAACGCUUGGUAUGCCCGCCAACUUCUCGCGUGCCGGCCCCUUCAUCGCGGUCAUUGCUAUGGUUUUCAUGGCCUUCGCCAACGUUUACGGCGCAGUGGCUAUCUGCCGUGUCAUGCUCCUUGCACCCACGUCUGUCAAGACGUACGGUGAUCUCGGUGAAUGGGCAAUGGGCAAGACCGGCCGCUACCUUUCGGUCAUCUCCCAGAUGGCCAACUGUCUCCUGGUUCCGUGUGUGUUCCUCGUGCUUGGUGGCACGCUCCUAGAUGGUCUUUUCCCGGGGGCCUUCAGUGCCACGACGUGGAUCAUCCUCAUGGCACUCUCCUGCAUGCCCGUUUGUUUAGUCCCCACUCUGAAAGAAGGAGCUGGCGCUGCUUUCGCCGGUUGUAUGGGCACUAUCAUCACCGAUGUUAUCGGCGUCGCCGUUGUGAUGCACGGCAUGCGUGGCCACCCCAGCAUUCCCAAACCUGAUCUCAACUUCAAGCAAGUUGCUGGAGCGUUUGGCAACUUGGCUCUCGCCUAUGGUGCCGGGAUCGUUAUUCCGGCCCUCCAGCGCCAACAUAGUGAUCCCACACGCAUGCCCCGUGUUGUAGGAGUCACGAUGACGUUCAUCUCGGUUCUCUUCCUUAUCCUGGCCAGCACUGCUUACUCAUCCAUCGGCUGCCAGAUCUCGGGCAACCUUCUGUACGCCAUUUACCCGGACUCGGACACUGGCCUGACCACACUCGGUUUUCGAUCGGACUGGGGUAUGGUCGUCCUUGCUUACCUCUUCAUGCAGCUGCAUAUUACGAUCGCCUUCUCCGUUAUCCUGAACCCAGCUUUCUAUAUCGCCGAACGUAUCAUGCUGGGAAUGCACAAGCCAGCCGUCGCUGAUGUCGAGAACAACCUGUUGAACUAUGGGGACAUGUCCACCCCGGUCGAUAUUGCUGAGCGCUCGGAGAAGCAGUCGCACACUUCGCGCGCCUCAAAGCGUCGCUCCUUCAUCUCUGUUGCUGACAACGAAAACGUACACUUUGGCGAUCCGGAGGCAGAGGCUGCUGAGUACCGCGGCGCGAACGCCAUCAAAUACGUCAUUCUACGGCUUAUCAUGAUCACGCUCUUGGUGAUCGCAUCGAUCAUCCUGAAGGACCACUUUCACGAUUUGGCCGACUUCGCGGGUGCCUCGUGUAUCACGGUAAAUUCGAUCAUCCUGCCCAUUGUGUUCCUGCUGAAAAAGAAGUGGAACGUCAUGCCGCUAUGGGAGAAGGCCCCAGCGCUUAUCGUGGUCGUGGUGUGCUUCUCGCUGGGCUGCUACGUGACCUACACGUCGGGCAAGAAUUUGUUUGCUCCAAGCGACGAUGAUACGGCGUUCCCGUUCUGCGCAUCGGAAUUCGAGAACAACGUGUACUACAACUACACGGCCGAACAUGAAACCUAAGCUGGUAAAACCAUGAGUGAGCUGUUUAGUCGCGCGACGACUUUAAUGAAAUCCGUUUGUGCUGGAAAAAUGAAACUACAGUAACGAAAAUGAAUUGUAGUUGCCC